AGUUACGUAUGCUAAAUUUAGGGUUUGUCUUUUGUCGCACCUAUAAAAAACCAUCACAGCUUCCCAUUUGUAAUUUCUAGGGUUUUGCAAAACCAACAUCGAACGAAUCCAACACGAUGGGACGAAGACCAGCGAGAUGUUACCGUCAGAUUAAGGGAAAGCCAUACCCGAAAUCACGAUACUGCCGUGGAGUUCCAGAUCCGAAAAUCAGGAUUUACGAUGUCGGGAUGAAGAGGAAAGGAGUUGAUGAGUUUCCAUUCUGUGUUCAUUUGGUUUCAUGGGAGAAAGAGAAUGUUUCAAGUGAAGCUCUUGAAGCUGCACGUAUUGCUUGUAACAAGUACAUGGUUAAAUCUGCUGGUAAAGAUGCGUUCCAUCUCCGGAUUAGGGUUCAUCCGUUCCAUGUUUUGCGAAUCAACAAGAUGCUUUCGUGUGCUGGAGCUGAUAGGCUUCAGACUGGAAUGAGAGGUGCUUUUGGUAAAGCUCUUGGUACUUGUGCUAGAGUUGCGAUCGGACAGGUUCUUUUGUCUGUUAGGUGUAAGGAUAAUCAUGGAGUUCAUGCUCAGGAAGCUCUUCGUAGAGCUAAGUUUAAGUUCCCUGGUCGUCAAAAGAUCAUUGUUAGCAGGAAAUGGGGAUUCACCAAAUUCAACCGCGCUGAGUACACGAAGCUAAGAGCGAUGAAGAGGAUUGUUCCUGAUGGUGUCAAUGCUAAGUUUCUAUCAAACCAUGGGCCAUUGGCUAACCGUCAACCUGGAAGUGCCUUCAUAUCAGCCACGAGCGAAUAAGAAUGAAGAAGAAGAUGAUGAUUUGUGGUUGUAGAACCGAUAAUUUAGUUUCUCAAGUUUUAUUUUUCUCUUUUGUUGUAACAGUUGAAGACAAGGAUCCUCGUAUGAUUCCAAUUUGCUUGGACAAUUGUUUCAAUCUGUGUUUCUUUAUUUUUAUAUUCCAGCAUCACGUUUAUCCUUUA